AUGAACGCCAAAAAUAUUAUGACAUCCUUCUCCCUAAUCCUUCUCUUGUGCUUCCUGCUAAAUCUUGUAAUCGUUCCGGUUAAUGCAAAUGAAAAUAGUAAAACAAAAGGAGGAAAGGGAACUCCACCUCCUGUGCCCUCAGUAAAUAACUCAGAUAACAAUCAACCCAAUAAAGAUGGAGCGGAAAACAACCCCCCCCUUGAUGCUGAAAGCGCUUUACAAGAACUGAAAAACUUUGCACAGAACUUAGAAAAAAAAAACGACAUCCAACAGGAAUAUAAUAAUUAG